AUGUCAUUGAAUCAAAUGAGACCUCGAACUUCACAGCUGUUGGAACUUCAUGUUUUUUAUGUCCCAGCAGAAGUGUGGAACUUCAAGCUGAAUACAGUUCCUGUAGCUCUUACUAGCAAAUUUGUCUCAGCUGGAUUUAUAAGGGUGUCUCCUCACAUCACAUUAAGAGUGCUGCGGGAGAGGCUUGGAGAGUACCUGAGUGGAGUGACAGUCACAGAUAAAUUCAGGUUUUUAAAAUGCAUUGGGAAAAAACUAGCAGUGGUGAAAGCAAAGCAGGAAACAGAACUGGAACUGAAGUCAUUUGCUCCUCCUUAUGCACUUUAUCCUGAAUUAUAUUUAUUACCUGGAGUGGAUUAUUUUGAAGAUGUUUAUCCAUUGCUAUCAUCACCUCAACAAAAACACCACAUUAGUGAAGAAGCCAAUAAUAGGUUUGGUCAUGGAUCAAGAUUAUCCAGCCUUUCCCAACAGAAACCUGAAAAAGGCAAACCAUUUUUAGAAAGUAUACAAAGCAGGCAUCAGGUAGAAAAUGUGGAAGUGCCCAGUCCUGUGGAAUGGGGUGAGAAAGAGCCUGUUCCAGUUUCACACACAAACAAUAAGCAAGACAAUAACAACAGGAUUCCAGAAAAACAGUUUGAAGAAAAAGAUCAAAGUAGUUUUGAUGGAUCUCUCUUCACACCAAGUCAUUCCAAUCCUGCAGACCAGGAGUGUGGAAAGUGGGACCUGGUAUUGCAGACCUCUGAGCAGAAUCAUCUCAGCCAAAAUGAAGAAGACUGCAGUGCUCCUAGGUGGAAUGACAAAGCCAAAGGAACUGCUCUUACUCAUGUAAACCACAGUGAUGAACAAGGCCAGGAGCUAGCAAACAUGGAAAAUAAUGAGCACCAAAAAGAUACCAAAUUAAGAAGAGACAGAACACAGGAUGCUGAAAUUCUUAAAAUAGGGGAAGACCAAACUACAGAUUAUGUCCACAAAAAACAAAGCUUGCAGCAAAACAGAACUAAGAAGACUAGAGUUGUUCUUGGUGAAAAACUGGAUAAUCAGGCAGAUGAAAACAAGCAAAAUCAUCUUACUUGUCCAAAAGAGUGUAUUUCAGCUCCUAGUUCACCUUUUUUGGCAUUUACUGUAAAUCCAGCUCAAGUUCCUGUAAUUCAGGCAGCAAAAAACAGGAUGGCAGAACAAUUGCAACAAAUGAAGGAAGACAGAAGGCACAUGGAAAAAACUAGAGAAGAGCUGAGAAAAAAAGCUAAAGGGCUACUGGAACAAAAUAAGCUGAGGAGAUACCAUGUGCGUGAGGAAUGGAAGAAGAAAUACUUUGAAACCAAGAAAGCUACAGUUUCACUGGAGGACACUUUAAACAAACUGCAACAAGAUUUAGAGCUUUACCACCAGAAAUUGCUCUUGCAACUGGAAGCCAGAAAUAGCCAAAAACGACCAAACAAAACAACAACCUCCAAGAAUUACACAAUCAUCCGGAUUGCUACAGUGCAGCACGAACUCCAUCAACUGAGGAGGAAGCUAGAGGACACAAAAAUGAGACUCCUUAUAGAAAUUAAGAUGAGAAAGCAAGCAGCAUCUGAUUUACAAGCACUGAGAGCAGAACUGACCCAGAAGAAGAUUCAUUCAGCUUUAAUUCUCCAGUCCGGAAAAUCAGGAAUUUAAAAAGAUGACAUGAGUAACAGCUGUGAAAUGUACAGCUCUCUAGUGUAUGGGAAAGAGAGUUUCAGAGCAUUAAUUUGUAUGUUCUUGAAGUAACUUUGUAAAAAGACAUUAACUAUAUAAAUGUUGUGGAAUUUGUAUGCUAGGCUACUGAGGUAAUGCAGCUCACUUCUUUUUAA